GGGAAACAGUGCUGUGUUGGUUUAGUAUUUUCCACAUCAGAAGCAGUUGCCGUGCUAAUUCUUGAGCACAUUAUCGUAAAUUUACUAAUGGUAUCCUCCAUACCUUAUAGAAAUUUUUACUUUAAUUCUAGUCAAAAGGAGAGCUCUAUCCCUGGACUGCAGUGCCUUCGGAGCUCGUUGAGAAGCCUCUCCAUGCUCCUCAGUUUCUGUAACAACGGAGGGGCUGUUAGCUGUAUACACACACAAAGAAGGGAAGGCUGCUAACUGGCUAAAAGAAAGUUUACUGGUCAAAUAUGGAUUCGUUUCAAAAGGUAGAGAAGAUAGGGGAAGGGACGUACGGAGUCGUUUACAAAGCCAAAAACAAAGUGACCGGAGAAACUGUGGCUCUAAAGAAAAUCCGACUGGAUACGGAAACAGAAGGUGUGCCCAGCACUGCCAUACGAGAAAUUUCUCUCCUCAAAGAACUCAGUCAUCCAAACAUCGUCAAAUUGAGGGACGUCAUCCAUACGGAGAACAAACUCUACCUUGUAUUUGAAUUUCUUCAACAGGAUCUGAAGAAGUUCAUGGACUCUUCCUCAGUCACUGGUAUCCCUCUGCCUCUGGUGAAGAGUUAUCUGUUCCAGUUGCUGCAGGGCCUGGCCUUCUGUCACUCCCACAGGGUCCUGCAUCGGGACCUCAAGCCACAGAACCUCCUCAUCAACACUCAGGGAGAGAUCAAACUCGCCGACUUCGGCCUAGCGAGAGCCUUCGGAGUACCUGUUCGCACGUACACACACGAGGUGGUAACACUUUGGUACAGGGCACCAGAAAUUCUCCUUGGCUGCAAAUACUACUCCACGGCUGUUGACAUCUGGAGUCUUGGCUGCAUUUUUGCAGAGAUGAUCACCAGGAGGGCUUUAUUCCCCGGCGACUCAGAGAUCGAUCAACUCUUCAGAAUCUUCCGCACCUUAGGAACGCCCGAUGAGACCAUCUGGCCCGGAGUCACCUCACUGCCGGACUAUAAACCGUCCUUCCCAAAAUGGGCGCAGCAGGAUCUAUCCAAAGUGGUUCCUCUUCUGGAUGAGGAUGGGAGAGAGUUGCUGGGAGAGAUGCUCAGCUACGAUCCGAACAAAAGGUUGUCUGCAAAAAAUGCUCUCGUGCAUCGAUUCUUCCGUGACGUCACCAUGCCCAUACCACACCUGAGACUGUGAGUUGAGAGAGAGCUGCCGGUCGCAGAAUCACAGGACCUUUUUUUUCCACCGUUGGUGGCAUAGUUCUAGGAAUGCAGCUGUAAAUUCUAAAACUUAUAGUUUUGCAUUUGGCCAUAAAAGUUAAAGAUAAACAUUACUGCUUCAGUUGUGGGAUAGUGCAAGAAUGAGAAAAUGAGACCAGUGCUUUGUCAGACUCAGCAGGUUCCAGGUGAAGUGGAGACUCGACACAAGUCAUGACAUAAACAGUUGUUUACUCGCUCAGAGAACGAGACUGAUGUUUUAGUUAGAUUUUAUUUGGAAGAUAAUAGAGAAUUUGGUACCACACUACCUGUUAGUGUUUGCACCUUCUGUUGUUGAAGACGUUCUUGACACUGCCGUUCAGUCAGAAUCUGAAGUCCUCACUUUUGUACAAAACAGUUGUAAUAUUUAAAGUUUUCAUUUUUAAAAAAAUAUGCAAAUUUCUUAUUCUAGAUUUUAUCCAAGUGUAUAAACAGUUUUAUAUACAGUUUCAGAAAAAGAAAUAAAGUUGUUCAAGUAACUGA